AUGGCGGAGGUUGUUCUCCACAUAUACGAUGUGACGAACAGUGGAUCAGAGAAGACUAACAACACCAUUCUCCAGAUCAAUAGGUUCUUCAAAGACGGGAUCGGUCUCGGCGGCAUAUUCCACAGCGCCAUUCAGGUAUAUGGAGAUGAUGAAUGGUCUUAUGGGUAUUGUGAACAAGGAACUGGUGUAUUCAGCUGUCCUAGUAGCAAGAAUCCGAUGUACACAUAUCGUGAGAAAAUUGUUCUUGGGAAGACAGAUUGCACAAUCUUCAUGGUAAAUCAGAUAUUGCGUGAGCUCAGCAGGGAAUGGCCGGGGCACACUUAUGAUUUGCUGUCCAAAAACUGCAAUCACUUCUGCGAUUUACUCUGUGAAAGGCUUGGUGUGGCAAAGCUCCCAGGUUGGGUGAAUCGGUUUGCCCAUGCUGGUGAUACAGCCUUAGAAGUAGCAGGAACCACAGCGAUGCGGAUCAAGCAAGCCAAAACUGAACUGGUAUCAGCUAGUAAAGUGGCUUAUCGCUUCCUCUCGAAUGUUACCUCAAACGUAACCAAUGGCACAAACGGCUCUCCACAACGGCCUGGAACACUCAACAAUACAGAGAAUGGGAACUUGAGAUUGCAAGGAAGUUGGUUCAAAGGGUUACUAAACACUGCAAAACCCUCCACAAGUAGAGAGAUGGGGAACAAAGACGAAGAUGCAAAUCAAGCAACCACCAAUCAGCAAAAGAACCAAAACCGUGACUCUGUACCGAUCAACCAUAGUGCAUUUGAUUAA